CCUCCUCUCCAUUUCCCUUUUGCUUUUUUCUUUGUCCAUUUGAUUCAUAAAUAAUCACAGUGAAGAAAAAAGAAGGAAAAAAAAAGGUUCAAGAUCAGCCCCACACCAUCAAUAUGCUCUUUCUGACAAAAAAAAUCAAAAAAAGAACCAAUUUUUCAACCUAUAAAUACCCUCAUUCGCCUUCCUUCCUCUCCAUUCGAUCUUCACCAUGGCUUCCAACUCCGCCGCCGCCGCCGCCGCCGUGCAGUCCACCACCACCACGACCUUCGUCCAAGCCGACCCAUCGACCUUCAGAGCAAUAGUGCAGAGGCUGACCGGAGCUCCGACCGACCCACCAAGGCCGCCGUGUCGGCUCCACGAACGGCGGCGGAGCAGCAAGAAGCUGGAGCUGGAGCUGGAGCGGAAGGGCGGCGACACGGCGGCGAGGGGGAUGGGAAUCGGAAUGGCGUCGCCGGUGUCGACGCUGGAGUUCGUGACACGUGGGAGUCCGUGUGAGGAUCAAGAACUGGAAGACAGAGCGAUUGCGGAAAAAGGGUUCUAUUUUCGCCCGAGCCCGAGAGGAUCCGACCCGCCUCAACUUUUGCCCUUAUUUCCCAUUUCUGUAACACCACAACACAACCAUUCUUCUCCUUUUUCUUCUUAAUUCAAUGUUAAUACUCAACAAAAUGAUCAUACAAGAGCUUUCAGAGUAGAGAAGUUUUGGGUUAUUUUAGAUAGUGAUAUGAAAAUAGAAAUCUCAAAACAAGUGAUUCGGAGUUGUGUUCACUUGUUUUUCGACCGCAUAUUUGUAAGUUGAAUUUUAGUUGGAAGCAAACUCAAGAUGUUUUUGUAAUAUAUUGACAAAAUACUUAGCAGCUUGAGGACCAAA